GCGACUUCCGGGAACUGCAGGUCAGCUGCUCGGGAGUGUUUAUCUUAUAUGUAGCUUGAUGGCUAAAGUCGUCAUUUAGGGUGUUUGUUUUUCUACACUGCAGGUGUUGUUUCUAGAAAUACUUCAACGGUAGUCUUUGUGUAAAGCUGCCACAGACUGUAAGGUUAAAGAUGAAGUCUGUGUUUCUCCUCGAGGCUUUCUCUGUGGCUUGUUUUGUGCUUCUCAGCCAAGUGACAGCGAAGAAUCCUGAAGACAUCCGUUGUAAAUGCAUCUGUCCGCCAUACAGAGAUGUCGAGGGUCAAAUCUACAAACAAAAUGUCUCUCUUAAAGACUGUAACUGUCUCCAUGUGGUUGAACCGAUGCCGGUUGACGGUAAAGAUGUGGAGGCGUACUGUUUACGCUGUGAGUGUAAAUAUGAAGAGAGGAGCUCGUGGACCAUUAAGGGUACCAUCAUAGUGUACCUCUCCAUUUUGGGCCUGCUGCUGCUAUACAUGGUCUACCUGACUCUCCUGGAGCCCAUACUGAAGAGGCGUCUGUUUGGACAUUCACAGCUUAUCCAAAAUGAUGAUGAUGUUGGGGACCAGCAGCCUUUUGCCAAUGCUCACAAUGUUCUGUCCCGUUCACACUCUCGACCCAACAUGCUGAACAAAGUAGAGCAUGCUCAGCAGCGCUGGAGGAGGCAGGUCCAGGAACAGAGGAAGUCUGUGUUUGACCGUCAUGUUGUUCUCAGUUAAACAGCCCUGCGAUCGAGAGUUAGUGGUGGAGCAAAGAAAAACAAAUCACUGUGACAGAGCCCUCAAUUGAUAUCACUUCCUUUCUCUCAUUUGUGGUUUGUAUCUCAUCCAGUGUGACACUUCCCAGGUGAACAUGGUGAGGAAAUGUGAAUCUGUAGAGCAGAGGUCCCCGUUAAAUAUACGAUUAAAACUGGGAACUCUUAUUUUGUCUGCAGGCAGUACAGGAGAUUACAGUGAAUUCAUUUUUUGCACAAUCUUGAAUGACCAGUCUUAAAUUGCAUUUUUCCAUAAGCAGAAGUUACUCCCUGCCUGCUGUCUAGUUUGAAGGAGUGCCAAGUCAUCAGAGAAUUUGCGGUGAAUCAUCUGAUGGGAGUGACUAAUAAAUAUAAUAAUUAGAUCAAUAUAAAUCUUUCAAAUGAAUAUUUUAUAACAUUCUCUAAUUAUUUCUGGCCACAGUGUCAGGUGAAGUCCCAGCACUCCAAAGAUGGCAAGUCUUUCACAUUUACAAGUAUGUACUGGCUCUCAGAGUGAAAUAUCCAGAUGUUGGUUAACUGGAUAACUAAAGCAGCCUCCUGGCUAUAGCUCUGUUAACAUGUAGCUGAUGGGUACUUUCUUCACCCAAAAACUAAUAUAACUUUAAACUAAUGCUCUCACCACAGGAGAAAGGAAAUAGUGCACAAUAUAAAUAUUUCAGCCUUCUUUGAAAAUGCAUGUUUUAUAAUGAAUCUUUUAUAAAUGUGUUUUGAAUCCUUCAUUCCUACCAUAAUGUUUAAUGUCUGAUAAAUCCAUCAUUUAACGCUCUACAUUAAAUUUGAUAUCUCAAAGUAGUGUCAUUAACCUCGUUGCAGGAAUCGAUGCAACCUCUUGGUGAUGUCACAGUAAUCGUAGCUGUGCUAUUGAUCCUCGUCUGUUGAAGACCCUCUUGAAGUCAGUGCUCUCUACAACUGCCUGAACUAAUCUAAUGAAAAGUCUUUUAUUAUGGCACUUCUAUGUGCUUGGUCUAACAUCAGUUCCAUUAUGAAGGUCCUUGUUGUCUAUCAGGCAGCAUUAGUAUGAAAGUGGUGUUAUUCUGAGUUCAUUCUGUGUGUAGUUGGGCUGUGUACAGACCUAUGGAAGUGUUCUUAACUAUUGUAUAUGUUUUUCCUUUGAAAUAAAUUUAUGUAAUAUUUGG